AUGGACGCGGCGGCGCUGGAGCGGGACGCGGUGCAGUUCGCGCGGCUGGCGGUGCAGCGCGAUCACGAAGGGCGCUACUCCGAGGCGGUGUUUUACUACAAGGAAGCCGCACAAGCCUUAAUCUAUGCUGAAAUGGCAGGAUCAAGCCUAGAACGAAUUCAAGAGAAAAUAAACGAGUACCUGGAACGAGUUCAGGCCCUCCAUUCAGCAGUCCAGUCGAAGAGCACCGAUCCUUUGAAGUCAAAGCACCAGCUGGACCUCGAGCGAGCCCGCUUCCUUGUGACGCAAGCUUUUGAUGAAGAUGAGAAGGAGAAUGUUGAAGACGCCAUUGAGUUGUACACCGAGGCCGUGGACCUCUGCCUGAAAACCUCUUAUGAAACUGCUGAUAAAACGCUGCAAAAUAAGCUGAAACAGCUGGCUCGCCAGGCGCUGGACAGGGCAGAGGCACUGAGCGAACCCUUGACCAAGCCACUCAACAAAGUCAAGUCGGCGAACACUCGGCCAAAGCCUCCGCCCGCAAAAGCCCACUUCCCGCUCGGGCCCAGCGCCUUCGUGGACAGACCCCAGCAGGCCGCGGCCCAGCCAUCGAGUGAGGCACAGGGCCCGCGGUACACGGCCGAGGAGAUCGAGGUGCUGAGGACAACGUCUAAAAUCAAUGGUGUGGAGUACGUCCCUUUCAUGAGCGUUGACCUGCGGGAGCGCUUCGCCUACCCGAUGCCGUUCUGCGACAGACUGGGCAAGCUGCCACUGUCACCCAAACAGAAAACCACCUUUUCCAAGUGGGUCCGACCGGAAGACCUCACCAACAAUCCUACAAUGAUCUACACUGUGUCCAGCUUCAGCAUAAAGCAGACGAUCGUGUCGGAUUGCUCCUUUGUGGCGUCACUGGCUAUCAGCGCAGCUUACGAGCGGCGGUUUAACAAGAAGCUCAUCACCAGCAUCAUUUAUCCUCAGAAUAAGGACGGUGAACCGGAGUACAACCCAUGUGGGAAGUACAUGGUGAGGCUUCACCUCAACGGGGUCCCUCGGAAGGUGAUAAUUGAUGACCAGUUGCCUGUGGAUCAUAAGGGCGAGCUGCUCUGCUCUUACUCCAACAACAGAAGUGAACUGUGGGUGUCUCUCAUAGAGAAGGCCUACAUGAAGGUCAUGGGGGGCUACGACUUCCCCGGAUCCAACUCCAACAUUGACCUCCACGCGCUGACGGGGUGGAUUCCUGAGCGGAUCGCCAUGCAUUCAGACAGCCAGAACUUCAGCAGGGACAGCUCCUUCCGAAUGCUGCACCAAAGAUUCCACAAAGGAGACGUCCUCAUCACAGCAUCCACGGGAACCAUGACUGAAGCGGAAGGAGAGAAGUGGGGCCUGGUCCCCACCCACGCAUACGCGGUGCUGGAUAUUAGAGAAUUCAAGGGCCUGCGAUUCAUCCAGUUGAAAAACCCCUGGAGUCACUUACGUUGGAAAGGGAGAUACAGUGAGAAUGACACCAAAAGCUGGACCCCAGAGUUGCAGAAAUAUUUAAACUUUGAUCCCCGAACAGCUCAGAAGAUAGACAACGGGAUAUUUUGGAUUUCCUGGGAUGAUGUGUGCCAGUACUAUGAUGUGAUUUAUCUGAGUUGGAAUCCAAGUCUUUUUAAAGAGUCCACAUGCAUUCACAGUACCUGGGACGCCAAGCAGGGGCCGGUCAAGGACGCCUACAGCCUGGCCAACAACCCCCAGUACAAGCUGGAGGUGCAGUGUCCACAAGGGGGCGCCGCUGUGUGGGUGCUGCUCAGCCGACACAUCACCGACAAGGAUGAUUUUGCAAAUAACCGAGAAUUUAUCACAAUGGUUGUGUACAAGACUGAUGGGAAAAAAGUUUAUUACCCAGCGGACCCAGCUCCGUACAUUGAUGGGAUUCGCAUUAACAGCCCUCAUUAUUUGACCAAGAUCAAGCUGACAACACCCGGGACUCACACCUUCACCUUAGUGGUGUCUCAGUACGAAAAGCAAAACACGAUCCAUUACACAGUCCGGGUCUACUCGGCAUGCAGCUUCACCUUUUCCAAGAUCCCCUCGCCGUACACCGUAUCACGAAGGAUUAACGGGAAGUGGAGCGGGCCGACGGCCGGAGGCUGUGGCAACUUCCAGGAGACGCACAGGAAUAACCCCAUCUACCAGUUCCACGUGGACAGGACGGGGCCGCUGCUCAUCGAGCUCCGGGGACCCAGGCAGUACAGCGUUGGAUUUGAGGUGGUCACGGUCUCCGUGGCAGGCGAUUCUGGACCUCACGGCUUUCAGAGGAAAUCCAGUGGUGACUACAGAUGUGGGUUUUGCUACCUAGAGAUAGAAAAUAUUCCUGCGGGCAUCUACAAUAUCAUCCCCAGUACUUUUUUGCCUAAACAAGAAGGGCCUUUUUUCUUGGACUUCAAUAGUGUUAACCCCAUCAAGACAACACAGCUUCAGUGA